AGAAUCUACAAGGAGAGAAAGAAACAGAGAAGGAUUCUUCAGCAUGGUGGGACAGCUUCACAUCUGAGAGACUCUCCUUCAUCCUCCUCCUCCUCAUCAACACGGUCCGUCUUCGUCUCUGUUGCUGCCAUGGCUGACCCCAGCUGGUGGAAGCUGACCUUCUCCCGCAAGAAAAAGUCUGAAGCAAAGGUUCUGUACGAGAUCCCGGCUGAAUACGGCAGCAACACGGGAAACAAAGAGCACCCGAGCAACAACAACCCCCCUGUGGAUCACGUGGACAGCCAGUUCAACGCCAGACUGGAGAAGAUCGUGGAUAAAUCUGCCACCAAGGGCCGACACGUCAAAGUCUCCCACUCUGGACGCUUCAAGGAGAAGAAGAAGGUCCGAGCCACGCUGUCCGAGAACCCACACCUGUUCUCCGAGCACAACCUCAGCGACGAGAACCAUAAAAACAAGACUGAGAAAUAACACACAGGCCGGGGAAAUGCACAUACUUGAUCAUAAAUGUGUCAUGUGUCACUUUUAAAAGCUUCAGAAUCAUGUGGCACUACAUGUGCAACCUGCAAGCUGGAUAAACACUUGUCACCUGGCACCACACCCAGGUCGAUACUGUUACCAGUGCAUGGACUCACACCCUCACCAACAACUGGUAUCAGCAGAAAACCAUUAAACAAAAUACUGCAGAUAUUCCUCCUGCAGUUUAUUCCUGUCUUCUCUGUAUUUGUGCUCAAACUGCUGUUAUUUAUCUCCAAAUAUGAUCCAUAACAUGACCAAACAACUUCUGACACUCGUGCAAAUAUCAUCAAAAUGAAUCGUAGGGCUCUUGUAAAUUAGUUGUACUAUUGUGGAUGUAGAUUUUUUAAAUUAAAGUUUCUUUUUUAUGUCUAAACAAUCAAAAAAGAAGAGAAUUAAAUAUGGUGCAACCAAACCCCCGUCGAUUUUUAUGCAUUUUUACGACCAAAGCAAACAAAGACUUGAUUUUUAUGUGUUUGAAAUAUCAUGCAGACUCUAAAGUCACUAAAUAUUAAACGUGUUUGUAAAAUCUUU